GGGACCUGCGGGAGGCAUCGAUAACACGGCUCUCCCUUAUCUAGAUUUUGAGAAGAGGGGGAAGAAGGAAGUUUGUCCCGUCCUGGAUCAGUUUCUUUGUCAUGUCGCCAAGACUGGAGAAACAAUGAUUCAAUGGUCUCAAUUUAAAGGCUAUUUUAUUUUCAAACUGGAGAAAGUGAUGGAUGAUUUCAGAACUUCAGCUCCUGAACCAAGAGGUCCUCCUAAUCCUAAUGUCGAAUAUAUUCCCUUUGAUGAAAUGAAGGAAAGAAUUCUGAAAAUUGUCACUGGAUUUAAUGGUAUCCCUUUUACUAUUCAGCGACUAUGUGAAUUGCUAACAGAUCCAAGGAGAAACUAUACAGGAACAGACAAAUUUCUCAGAGGAGUAGAAAAGAAUGUGAUGGUUGUUAGCUGUGUUUAUCCUUCUUCAGAGAAAAACAAUUCAAACAGUUUAAAUAGAAUGAAUGGUGUUAUGUUCCCUGGAAAUUCACCAAGCUACACUGAUAGGUCUAAUAUAAAUGGGCCUGGAACACCCCGGCCACUGAAUCGACCAAAGGUGUCUUUAUCCGCCCCCUUGACAACCAAUGGUUUGCCUGAGAGCAGUGACAGCAAAGAGUCAAACUCACCACAUAAUGAAGAAAAAAACCACAGUGACUCUCCAGCAUCUGAAUCAGAAGGGUCUUCAGUGAGUCCUAUAAAAAACAAACAUUCAGAUGACGACGCCGUGGAGGCUGAAGGGCAUGAGGCCAAAAGACUCAGGUUUGACAGAGACGGGGAAGUCAGAGAGACAGCCAGUCAGACCACGUCCAGUGAGGGGGCCUCGGUCCUGGCGGAGGACGCGGAGGCACCAUCAUCAUCUCAGGACAAGGACAAAGGAAGUAGUCGUACCCAGCAGCACUGCACAGAAGAGGAGGAGGAGGAGGAGGAGGAGGAAGAAGAAGAGUCUUUUAUGACAUCAAGAGAAAUGAUGCCAGAAAGAAAAAAUCAAGAGAAAGAACCUGAUGAUGCCUUAACUGUGAACGAGGAGACCUCUGAGGAGAAGAGUCAGGUGGAGGAAUCGGCUGUGUCUCAAGCUGAGAAGGAUUUACAUUCUGAAGGGAGUGACACCCCGGGCCCUGUAAGUAGUGGUUCUGACUGCCACCAGACAGAAGAAUCAGUAGGAUCCAGUUCCAGUAAAACUGGAGAGGUUCUCUCAGAAUCCUCCAUGGAAAAUGACGAGGACGCCACCGAAGUCCCUGAGGAACCAAUGGAGCAAGACUGACUACUUCACCACAUUUAGAUGCCGUAUUUUACAUACAGUUCUGGUUUUACACUGUAUAAAACUUUUAUGUAAUAAAGUGGACCUUUAGUUUUACAAGAGAAAGAGAAGCAGGUUGUUAAAGUACUUUAAAAAGUACUUUAAGUGUGAAUCCUGAAAGAGUUGUACAUGUAAGAACUGUGAAUAGCAGCUCCUCUGGGUCCUGCUUACCGCUAUCUAUUUUUUGUUUUUGUUUUGGGGGAUUUUUCUGUUGUUGUUUUUGACUUUUUUUUUCUCUCUUUGCUUUUUUUUUUUUUUUUGGUGUCUGGUCAAAUCAGUGGUUUGUGUAUAGAUUUUUUUUUUUUUAAUUUAGAAGUUUUUAAACUGGAACAUUAUAAUUACAAUUUUGAAAACCUUUCAAGAUUAUCACAUUUAGUUUAUACAUGUGCAAGAAAGCUUUACAUCUUGUCUCUUUCUGACAGCUGUAGCAGAUUUCAUAUUUUGGUCAUAGUUUCAACAUUUUAACAUGUGAAUUAUAGGGUUUCAUGCUGGUUUCCAGGUUUUAUUGGUUGACUAUGUACAAUGGAACUUUAAGUCAUAUAUACAUACAUAUAUAUAUAUAUAUAUACAUAUAUAUAUAAUUCUAAGGGGGGAAAUGUUAUAUUUUUCUGUUUCUAUAAGAGAUGAAUACAGUGGAUAAUUUUCUAUUGGUGAUGAUUGAGUUCACCUCUUUCACGAGACAUUUUCUUUCUCUUCUGAGUAAUUCACAUAAAAUCUGGCCCUGUGAAACCCUGGAAAUCUAAGUCUGUUGUAAUACCAGGUUAAACACAUUCCAAGAGAUCUGUUCAAACUAGAAUUCUUUUGUAUACUUCAGAGGUGCCUGAUAAAAGACUUCAUUAUUUAUGAGAAAAUGUGCUUUAUCUUGGGAAUUGUGUUCACACAUCAGCUGACUGUUCUCCUGAGUAAAUGCUUAUGAAGCUGACACGAGCCCAUCUCAGAAGAACCAGGCAGGUUCCUUAAACUUUUGCUUGCUUUUCUGAACAUUGUGAAUAUUACACAUUACUUUCUAAAUUAUUCUAGAGUAUGCAAAUGUCAAUGGUAUGAAACACCACUGUACUGGAAGAAUUAAUAUAUUACUUUAGUAAUGUACCUGAGCUAAAAUGACUGAAGCUUUAGGGGGUGCAUAGAAACCACCAUAAUUUGUAUGACAUUUUGAAGUGAAUUAAUAUUUUUGAACAUGCUUCUUCGACAGCCAGUAUUAUAUUUUUCAGAUCAACACAAAGCACAAUGAUUACUCUAAACUCAAUAUUUUCAAAUUCACAUAUUUAAAGUCAUGCAAGCUGCAACUUCCCUGUCAAAAUUACUGGCUGCCAAAUUUAUACCUGUUUCUUCAGCUGUACCUUUUGAUAUUUAGAAUUUUUAAAUUUCUGUAAAGUAGAUUUUGUAGAGUGUAAUGUGUUCACUGCCUUUGUGAAGCGGUAUAUAAUUGUAUAAUUUCUGUGUGUAAACCGAAUGCUUGGGCUUUCAAUACAGUAUUCAUAUGAAGCAAUAAAUAUUCAUGUUAUGAAAUACUCGAGUACAUUUUUAUCAAAAUACAAAAGAAUCCCUUUUUUUAGUUUCAGAUACCUGAAGUACACAGAUGAACUUAUAAAAAACAUGCAAACAAUUUCUCACACUGUAUCUCAUGCUUUGGGUGAUUUGGAGGGAAACCACAAGUUUUGCAUUUUGACUACUUAAAUUGCUAUGACUAAAAAAUACCCAAAUGAUUGGACGCCACAUAUGUUUGUAGGGCAUAUACUACUGACUGACUUGACAGGUUCACAAGCAGCUCGAUGAUAUAUUUAUGAAUAUGUCUGAUAGUUAAAAACUGAAUAUUGAUUUACUGUAAUAAGAGGGGGGAAUCAAACGUUGUAAAUUUUUAAAAUUUUUUGCGAUGAUGUUAAAAUGAAGCAAUUUUAAAUGUGACUUUCAUUCAUAGUGACCUGUUACUUUAUUUUGUUGAGGGAUAUUUUGCCAAUGAGAACAGAUUUUAAACAUUUUAAGUUUAGAAAUUUAGGAAUUUUCUUUAGAAUAUUUAUGAAAUUAUUGUCAAUAAACCUAUUCUUUAAUCUCCUGUGACCUUUUGAUAUGUUUUAUUUUAAUUAUAGUGCCAUGGACCACUUGUAAACAAAUCUUUACUUUUGUCCGUUAUAAGUUGAAGAUUUAGCAUCAUGACUUUGAGGUCUGUGGUUUUAUUUGUAAACUUGCAAUUGCUAUUUUUGCAAGGGCAAAUGUAUUUCUUUAUUAAAUAAAGUACAAUAAUGGUGAAUGUACCAAAAUGACAUCACUUAA